CGGGCGGCGCAGGCGGCCUUCGUGAAUCGCGGCGCGCGGCGCGGCCCCGGGCUUUUGGUACCGAGCGGAGAGGAGAUGCACACGGCACUCGAGGGAGCAGCCGCGAUGAUGAACGUCCACGUGCCCACCAAGUUCUGCCUCAUCUGCGUCCUGACCUUCGUGUGCCAUCACUGCCGCGGCUGCCACGAGCACGGGGCCCGCCACGCCACCGCCACAACGACUACCAAUCUCCGAGCCGGCGCGCUUUCUCGCCCGCCGCCUGCCCAGGCCGAGCGCCGCUACUACGUGGACAGGCUCUUCGCCCGCUACGGCCGGGACGGCCGGCUGUCGUUCGCGGGCCUGGAGCGGCUGCUGCGCGGGCUGGGGCUGGGGGAGGCCCGGCCGGCCGGACGCCCCGCCCGCCCGCAACCGGACGGACCCGAGGGCGGCCGGCCCCGCGGCCACGCCGUCACCACCGCCCCGCCCCGACGGCCGGCCCCCCGAGGACCGGGCGGCCGGACACAACCACGUGCACAAGCACGGCCCGCCCUCGCCGGAGGAGAGCGGGCGGCGGCCGGCGCCAAGGACGCCGACGACGUCGCCGCCUUCCCCGCCCGGGGGCAGAAGGAGCGGGCGAGCACACGGCACGAGGACUGCCUCAACGGCAGCCAGCUGCUGCGCAACUUCGGCGUCAGCUCCGGCGGCCCCAUCUCCCCCGACCUCUUCGCCUACCUGUGCCCCGCGCUGCUCUACCAGAUCGACGGCCGCCUGUGCGCCCGGCAGCACGGCCGCCUUCCGGGCGGACAGUUCCGCAGGGACCCGACCCCCCUGCCCGAGCCGCGGGACAAAGUCGGGGCGUCAGCAAUCACGGUCAUCAGCCUCCUGUCCCUGCCGGCGUCGUCCUCUCCCAUCAUCAAGCAGGGCUGCUUCAAGUUCCUGCUCACCUUCCUGGUGGCCCUGGGUGGCACGAUGAGCGGAGACGCCCUCCUCCACCUGCUGCCCCACUCCCAGGGAGAGCACGGACACGAGCACGGGCACGGGCAACGAGGCCGAGAGCGAGAGUUUCCCUGGAAGGUCUACGACGCGGUGCUCAAGGGGCUGGUGGCCGCUGGCGGCGUCUACCUGCUCUUCAUCAUCGAGCACUGCAUCCGCAUGUUCAAGCACUACAAGCAGGCAGGGAAGCAGAAGCGGUUCUCCAAGCAGAAGGCGGAGAAGUCGAACGCGGGACGGAAGCCGUCGGACGACAAGCUCGACGACCGGGCCCGGGCCGACUGGCUCCAGCUCAGGCCCCUGGCCGGGGCGGACGAGCCGGCCCGUCGGAAGGACCGGCCGAACGUGACGGAGCCGACGGACCCGGAGGGGCGUCCGGGCUCCCCGCCCGAGAGCCGCCUCGCGGAGGAGGAGACCCCCGCCGGCCCCCCGCCCCCGCCGCCGCUCCCGUCCACUCCACGGUCCACUGCCGCUCGGCCACGCACCCGAAGACCGGCGGAUCGCCAGCUGGCCUGGAUGGUCAUCAUGGCGACGGGCUGCACAACUUCAGCGACCGGGCUGGCCAUCGGGGCGGCCUCAGCGCAGCUGACGGGCGGGAUCAGCACCUCCAUCGCCGUCUUCUGCCACGAGCUUCCGCAUGAGCUGGGCGACUUCGCGGUGCUGCUGAAGGCCGGGAUGACGGUGAAACAGGCCAUCGUGUACAACCUGCUGUCGGCCCUGAUGGCCUACGUGGGCAUGGUCAUCGGCACGGCCGUGGGCCAGUACGCCAACGACAUCACCCUCUGGAUCUUCGCCGUCACCGGCGGGCAUGUUCCUCUACGUGCCCUGGUGGACAUGCUCCCGGAGAUGCUGCACGGGGACGGCGACCACGAGGAGCUGGGCCACUGCCCCGUGGGCCAGUUCGUCCUGCAGAACCUGGGGCUGCUCUUGGGCUUCGCCAUCAUGCUGCUCAUCGCCCUCUUCGAGGACCACAUCGUGCUGGACAUCCAGUUCUGACCGCGUCGGGGCCGGCGGACACUCGGGCCGGGGGGGAGGGAACGGCCCCCGUCCCGCGCCGUCCGCCGCGAGGGGGACCCGGAGGCCGGCGGGGCGGGCCGCGGACGCUCGC